GCUCGCGGUCUGCCAGGGGGUGGCGACAACAGUCCAUCGGUGGCCAAUCGGAAUCGUCGCCGUGCCUCGAGCCAAUGGCAGGGCGUGUUGCUGAGAAGUGCGGCAAUUUUGAACGCGGGCGGUUAGGCGGCCGAGCAGCCGACGUUGUUGUUUGCAAGCGGCUUUCGGGUCUCGGUUUGCUCGUGAUGGAGGAUGAAAUUAAUGAGUCAAGGAUGCGACUUGCUCGCCUUACGAGUCGAUUAGCCUACCUUCGAACAAAACGUGGAGAAGCAAACAGAACUGAAGAGUUAAAAUCUAAUUUGGAAGUUACAGACCACACUGGUACAAUUAGACAAAUUAUGGCUGAUGGAAACUUUCCAGAGGACUGGUUUGCAUAUCUUCAGAAGGUGGAAAAGAUGGGUGAUCCACAAACUAACGAGAGCCUAUUAAAUAGGCUUAUAGAGCUAUAUGAUGAUGCAGUUGCUGCCCUAUCAGUUGAGAAACAUCAUGCAAAUGAAUGUUAUGCUCGCAUCUUAACCUCUUUUGCGAAGCUUAAAAGUUUUGUAGAUAUGGAUGAAGCACAGGAGCAGUUCAACCUGGCUCGAGUCAACUGUAAGAAAUUUGCUUUUGUGCAUGUAGCAUAUGCGCAGUUUGAGCUGGAUCAAGGCUCUGUUCGGAAGUGUAGAAGCAUUCUUCAGAAAGCAUUGGAUAUCAAAGCAAAACCACUAGAACUAUUGGAAGUUGCUUUUCAAAACUUGAAUCAGGGGAAAGCACAGCUUGUGUUAUGUGACGAUUGGGAUAAAGAAAAUGUAUCUGUGCCUGUGAUUAAAACUACACCAAGCACUAAUAAUGUUGAAAUAAACAAGGUCAGGAAAAACAGCAAUUGCUCUGGAGAAUUACACUUUGAUCCUGUUCCAUCACUGAGAGCUGAUGUGGACAACUUGACUGAAGAGAAUGAUAUAUCAUUAUUGGAGCAGAAAACAGUCAAGCCGCUGAAAAACAGCAGUGGUACCAAGAUCUUGCAAGCAGAUGGUGCCCCCUUUCAGCCAACAAUAAAUGAAGCAGUGAGUGGCUCAAGGAGAAUGGAUGUUUCUUCCAUAAAGAUCCAAACCUGUUCAACAAAACCAGCACAAGCUCAGUUGUCUGCAUUACCUCAAGCAGAUUUAUGUGCCUUUGACUUGAAGUACAGUUCAUGUGGUGUCAAUUUCUUAGAUUCGCAAAGUCCAACAGAUGGCAGUGAAAAUAACUCCCCCAGCUUUUCCUGUGGCAGACCAUUUACUUUAAAAAAGCCAGGAGCAAUUCCUGAUCAAAUUAAGGUACAAUAUAACAAAUCUGACCAUCUUAAAGAAAAGGAGUUGGAGGAACUUAAGGUGCACAAUGUUGGUGUGAUAAAGAAACAAGAAUGCCCUGCUGCAGAAGCUGUGAAGGGGAAAGAGAUAUUUGGCAAUGGUUUCAGUCACAUGUCACCUGAGACAAGUGAAGCACCACUGAAGAAGGCUGGUGUAAUGCUUGCUCCAAAGAAAUUUCCAUCCACUAAAAGUGCAGUUUCAAAAGUGUCUGUUUGUCAGACACCGAACACCAAAGUGCCUCAUUACUAUGCAGGCAGUUCACAGACACCAAUUGUGAGCAAAUCUGCAAUGGCACAGGUUUCAACUCCAAACAAUUUUACACCUGUUUCCCAAUCUUCCAUUAAUUUUCCACCUAAUGCAGCAACACCACAACAACCUGGUCAGUUUCAACAGUAUGGAUCUUCUCAAUUUCUGCCACAGUUGGGGGUUUCGGGGACAUUUUCCACCGAUGAAAGUAUUGUAGUUAAAAAGAAAAUCUACUCUAUAAUAAAAUUACUGGGAACAGGAGGAUCAAGUAAGGUGUACCAAGUUCUAGAUCAGAAGAAACAACUGUAUGCUAUUAAGCAAGUGAAUCUAGAAGAUGCAGAUGAACAGGCAAUAGCUGGCUACAAGGAUGAAAUUGAAUACUUGAAACGCCUACAACCACACAGUGACAAGAUAAUCAAGCUUUUUGAUUAUGAGAUCACAGAUAAUUAUAUCAACAUGGUAAUGGAAUGUGGUAAUAUAGACUUGAACACUCUGCUGCGAAGAAAAAAGGUCAUCAAUCCACUGGAGCGCAAACUAUAUUGGGAAAACAUGUUGGAAGCCGUUCACACAAUUCAUCAGCAUGGUAUUAUUCAUAGUGACCUGAAACCAGCUAAUUUUCUGAUGGUUGAGGGAAUGCUGAAGUUGAUAGAUUUUGGCAUUGCAAACGAGAUACAACCAGAUGUGACCAGUAUCAGUAAAGAUGCAUUGGUGGGCACAUUAAAUUUUAUGGCACCUGAAACCAUUAAGGAUAUUUUCUCCAAUGGUGAAAGCAGACAUAAGUCAAAGAUUAGUCCGAAGAGUGACGUAUGGUCUCUGGGCUGCAUCUUAUACUACAUGACUUAUGGAAAGACUCCAUUUCAGCACCUUACAAACCAGAUCAGCAAGCUGCAGGCUAUUACAGACCUAAACCAUGACAUUAAAUUCCCUGCUAUUGCAGAAAAGGAUCUUCUUGAUGUACUGAAGAAAUGCUUGCUCCGGAAUCCUAAGGAAAGGAUAUCUAUUGCAGCGCUGCUUGAUCAUCCUUAUGUACAUCUCCAGGUUCAACAGCAAUCAGUAAUGGAACCCAACAAGGAAUCCAGAAAAGAGAUGCAUCAUAUCUUGAGUCAGUUGGUGGCUUUGAAUUCUCCAAACAGCAUCACAAGGGCAACCAGAGCCUUAUGGGAACAGUGUAACAAUGGUCAUGAUCUUGAUGUAUCUGCUUUUAUGAAGCCAUCCCAGCACCAUUUGUAGCAGAUAUAAUGUUGCAUUCCUCCAAGGAAAAAUCUGGAUCAAGCCAGAGAAAAGCAGAUUCCUAAGACUGGGACUUUGGAUCUUGCAACUAAAAGAAGAUGUAGAGCAAUAGAACAUUGAUAAGAUGUUGCUUGUUUGUGUAUAUCUAGCCUGUUGUGUGUAACAUCAUAGCAUCUUGUCUAGAAAAUGUUUACCCUUUAUCUGUGGUAGUACAAGUGUGUAAGACUGUGCUGAUCUAAAGGGGAAGGACUGAAAUAGCAACCACAGCUUACUAAUAAUUUUUUUAAAAAAUGCAUAAUUCAUGGUGUUUUCAAAUAAUCUGAUAACACGUGUCUUUUUUUUCCCAAGCACUUCUAGGUUUAGAAGUCCAGGCUGGAAAAAUGUUCACUCUAUUCCAUUAAUCUUGGAAAACCAGUUGCUACUGCACGUGCCUGUUACUUUUACAUUUUACAUUACCUUCUAGAUCUCCUGAAAAAUAAUUUUGGGCAGAGUUCCUAUUCUUGGAGCUAAGUAGGGGCCAUCCAAACUCAUUCACAUACAGCUACCAGAGAUUUGCAUUUCAAUCUUUUUCAGUUGGAGUUUAACACAAGUACCAGAGUUGCAAAGAAAAAAUUCUAACCCAUUGUGUCACUUUUACAUUUGAAGCUUCAGAGCCUGAAAUUGGUUUGAUCGACCAUUUGGUAUUUGAGGUGUGCAAAUAUAAAUUUUUGUGCCUGUACAGUGUUUUCUUUUAUAUAAGAUCGACAUCUGUGAUGCACUUCCCAGCUAACACUAUACGCAACGCUGAAUUAAUCUGUAAAUACUUUUGAACUAUACCAUUUAUUAAAGUUGAUCCAUGCUAGAUAUAUAUGUACUCUUGUAUUUAAAAAAAAAAGGGCAACUCUUGGCUCCAAGUAUAAGCUGUGAUUUAGCUGAUUGCAAUUGUUACUGAUGUACAUGGCCUAAUUUGUAAAUGCAAAUAAAAAAGUGCAAGAAAGUGCAAUGUACUUCAAACAAAGAAGUUGCCCGAGGUGAAUUUGCCCUAAAUGUUCUGUGUAAUGGUAAUAGUUUUAUCCUCUAUUAGCUAUUUCUUGUGAAACUUGCAAAAAUUGAAGAGAUAUGAUUUAGUCAUUGAAAAUUUGAGUAAUUUGUGAUAACUGUUUAAAUUGAUGCCUUUAGGAGAGAAGAGGUAUAAAUGUGUCAAAAUUUAAAUUUAACUACUUAUCUUGUACUUUUUUCCCUCCAUUUAAGCAACAGGUAAUACCAAUAAUUGGCAUUGAAUUGCAGUGCAAAUGUAACACCAGUGAAGAAUUAACAAUUUGUGGCCACAUUUGCUUCAAAAGAUAUUAAUCCUGUUUUAAAAGAUUCCCUGUUACUUCGUGCAAUUUAUUUCUCACCUUAAAAAAUGUAAAUUGGUAGCUAAAAUAUUCAUAUUCCAAUUAAAACGAUCAGCUAUUACCUUUUCCU